GAGCCUAAUUGGAAAUUAGUCGCGCGUGAGAAGUCAACUGAAGCAGUUGUGCGUGGGAAGAGCUCAAAAUAGUGUCCAGUUUUCAGUGUCUCAGGUUGAUUGAAUUUACUGCUUUCAGUACAUAACACAUACACAUACACACACACACAUACACAUACUCAUACACAAGAUGAUGAACAGCCUGAAGAAGUUGCCCAUGCGUAUGCUGGCCAAUGCAGCACGUCAGCAAAACGCCGCCAUGUCCUCGGCGACGGGCCUGCCUCCCCCGUUGACAUACCUCACCGACGACGAGAAGAUGAUGAAGGAGACAGUUGCCAAAUUGGCCCAGGAUCAAAUCCUGCCGUUGGUCAAGAAAAUGGAUCUUGAGCACAAAUUCGAUCCGUCCGUGGUGAAGGCCGUCUUCGAGAAUGGCCUGAUGGGCAUUGAGAUUGACACGGAACUGGGCGGCAGCGGCUGCAAUUUCAUGACCAACAUCAUCGUGGUCGAGGAGCUGUCCAAGAUCGAUCCGGCGGUGGCAGCUUUCGUUGACAUUCACAACACAUUGGUCAACUCGCUGAUGAUCAAGUUUGGCAAUGCCGAGCAGAAGGCAAAGUAUUUGCCCAAACUGGCCCAGGAAUAUGCCGGCAGCUUUGCGCUGACGGAGCCGGGCGCAGGCUCCGAUGCCUUCUCACUGAAGACUGUGGCCAAGAAGGAUGGCUCUCACUAUGUGUUGAAUGGCACCAAGAUGUGGAUCUCCAACUCCGAUGUUGCUGGCGUUUUCCUCGUCUUUGCCAAUGCCAAGCCCGAGGAUGGCUAUCGUGGCAUUACCACCUUCAUUGUGGAUCGCGAAACUCCCGGUCUGAUUGUGAACAAGCCCGAGGAUAAGCUGGGCAUUCGCGCCUCUGGCACCUGCAUGAUCACCUUCGACAAUGUGCGCGUACCCGAGGAGAAUAUCCUGGGCACCUUCGGACAUGGCUACAAGUAUGCCGCUGGCUUCCUGAACGAGGGCCGCAUCGGCAUCGGCGCCCAGAUGGUGGGCCUGGCCCAGGGCACCUUCGAUGCCACCAUUCCGUACCUGCUGGAGCGCAAACAGUUCGGCGACGCCAUCUACAAUUUCCAGUCCAUGCAGCACCAGAUCGCCACGAUUGCCACAGAGAUCGAGGCGGCACGCCUGCUCACCUACAAUGCGGCGCGCCUGCAGGAGGCGGGCGUUCCGUUCCUAAAGGAGGCGGCCAUGGCCAAGUUCUACGCCUCAGAGGUGGCCCAGCGUGCGGCCACCAAGUGCAUCGACUGGAUGGGCGGCGUCGGCUUCACGCGCGACUUCCCCCAGGAGAAAUACUAUCGUGAUGCCAAGAUCGGCGCCAUCUACGAGGGCACCACCAACAUGCAGCUGAGCACCAUUGCCAAGUGCGUCAAGAAGGAGUUCUCGGGCUAAGCUAUACAAUCCGAGCCCCCUAAUCCCUAAGUCUACAUAUAUAAAGCUGAGAUAUCGUACGUCAGAUACGUCAAGUGCAUUUAGCUGGGCUGGCGAAUGGUUUCUAUCGAUCGUUGCCAACGCAUUUACAACAAUUUUUUUCCUUGUUAACUUGUAAAUACAAUUUAAUUGUAAAAAGAAACACACACACACACACAAAGGGGAGAGCAUUUUAAUAAUUUAAUUCGCAUGUCCGUCGGUUGUGGUAAAUGCAGCCAGCAGCACAUUGAUAACAGUGAUAAGAAAAACGCCCAUCACAAGCCCCUCGUUGGUUCGCAUAUAUCGUCGACUGCGGCAGCGUUUCAGGCGGCGCUGUUGAUGGACUCCCGAGUCUGUUAGCUGAAUUCAACAAACAACAAUAUAUAUAUAUAACACAUUGGCAUACCUUAAAGAUCAAUGCAAUGCCCACGAGCACCUGGAGCACCAGCGAGAGUAUGACCAGCACCAGGCUGCAGUAGAACGUGGAAGCCUCAUGAUUGUAGGUGAUCAGGAAGCGCAGCUGAUUUGCAUUUGCCGAGAGCAGGGCUAUGUCCAUCAGACCUGCAAAGUUUUGUGGGCAAUCAUUAAGCUAAACACGUAUCGUACACUCAGGUAUAACUAGGAACUACAACACACAAUUACAAAAAAAA